UCGUAUUAGGUCACAACUCAGUCAGAUAUUUAUAUUCAAUUAUUAUUUUUCAUGUUAAAUUGAUAACAAUGUAAUCUCCAAAAGUCUUUCUAUGAGUUGAACAGGAACGUGUUUUCUUUUGACACGUCUUCAGUUAAGUUCCGGGUGAAGAAGACAGGAAAGAGACGUGUUGACCUGCUUGCCGGUAAUUGACAUGGCAGCUAAUGGAGCGAGCUGUGAACAGCCUCAGAGACGGACCGGGACUAAAGAUAAACUGAAUGGCAAGUCUGCAGAAUUGUCAGUAAGAGAGAGGCGGCAGAAGGACAAAGAGGAGCGUCUUUCCCUGGUGUUGUGGAGAAGACCAGUAAUAACGCUGCAUUACUUUGUUCUGGAGACACUCAUUAAACUAAAGGAGUGGACUUUUAAACUUUGGGAGCGGAGAGGCUCGGUGUUCUUACUUCUGGUGCUAUGUUCUGUCUUCUAUAUUGCGUAUUCCACCGAGGGAACACAUCAACAUUAUGUUCAGUACUUGGAGAAGAAGUUCCUCUGGUGUGCCUACUGGGUAGGCCUUGGAAUCCUGUCCUCAGUGGGUCUAGGAACUGGUUUGCACACAUUUCUUCUCUAUCUGGGCCCUCACAUAGCAUCCGUGACGCUGGCAGCCUAUGAGUGUGGCUCCAUAGACUUUCCAGAGCCUCCUUACCCCGACGAGAUCGUCUGCCCAGAAGAUGGCAGUUUGGAGAGCAACAUCUCCCUCCUUGCAAUCAUGUCAAAGGUCCGCCUCGAGGCCUGCAUGUGGGGUGCUGGGACUGCCAUUGGAGAGCUGCCCCCGUACUUCAUGGCCAGAGCAGCUCGUCAGUCCGGAGCUGAUCCAGAAGAUGAGGACUAUGAAGAGUUUGAGGAGAUGCUCGAACAGGGCAAGGAUGCUCAGGAUUUUGUUACACGAGCAAAACUGGGAGUUCAGCACAUGGUGCAGAAAGUGGGGUUCUUUGGGAUCUUGGCCUGUGCUUCAAUUCCAAACCCCCUCUUUGACUUGGCUGGAAUAACUUGUGGUCAUUUUCUGGUUCCUUUCUGGACCUUCUUUGGAGCGACCCUGAUAGGGAAGGCUAUCAUCAAGAUGCAUAUUCAGAAACUGUUCGUCAUCAUUACGUUCAGCAAACACAUCGUGGAGCAAAUGGUGUCACUCAUCGGGUCUGUGCCUAAAGUUGGACCAUCACUCCAGAAGCCUUUCAGCCAGUACCUGGAAGCCCAGAGGAACAAGCUGCACCACGCUGGGGCGCGAGCACCAUCGGAUGAGAACUGGCUGGCGUGGGUGUUUGAGAAGGUGGUGCUGGUCAUGGUCUGCUACUUCAUCAUCUCCAUCGUCAACUCCAUGGCUCAGAGUUACUCCAAACGGCUGCGAAGACCAAGUGAUGUCGGGACAGAGUGGUACAUGCAUCUCUGCUGCUGCUCCUCCUCGCGAACUCCACAACAAACCUCAUCCAUUUUUAGAACUCCUCCAAAAGUAGAAGUUUGCCUGUGAGUGUGCGCACUGUCCGAGAUGUAUGUAACCUCUUCCUCAUCGUUUCCCGCUUGGGGUUUUGUAGAUCUUCCUCUUGUCUUACUCGGAGUCGGCUCUGCUGCUGAUCCUAACAUGUUACUUAUCUUUAAAUUGACCCAUCGAUUGACCUCAGAUGUAAAGCAGCGGCUCGAUGGGAACUGCUGAGUCUCGGCCAGCAGCCAUCAGAUGCUCAGCCUUAUGCAAGCGGGGAACGCCGGGCUUCCCUCAAACAUAGUUUGACUCGAUUUCUAUUUAAUUUUUUUAACAUGUAUAUAUGGACACGAGUUGGGUUCGGCUGUACAGUUCUGCCAAGAUACAUGUUAAGUAUUGUGUUUAUUUCAGGGUUUAAUUGUCCAGUUUUUGUCUUGUUACAGAGUGAGAUCAAAUCAGUUUUUAAAUCUAAAAAAAUGGAGUGAAAGAGAUGUGAUCUUUAAAAACAAAAAUGUGUGAGGGUAUUAACGAUUUGCACAUAAUGUAAAUACUUUUUGACAUUAUGCUCAGCAGUUGAUGUUGAACCAAAUCAGAAAUGCAUCAUUGUAAAAUGAUAUUGUACCUGCAGCAAAAGGUUUCAUUUUAUUAUGUACAUUUGGGUUCUAACUGGAUCAUGUAUAAAGGAUGGGAAUCAUA